AUGGGUGAUUCCACGGAAGUUGCUCGGUUCAUUGUCCAAAAUGGACCAGAUAAUGUACUGAGCAAGGUUCAGACAGCACGUUUCGGUAGAUUAAUGACGGCCGACAGGUUUGAGAUAGAAGGCUUUCGUUCGAUCACAAAUCUUGUCGAAGAAUAUCUGAGAGGAAGCAAAACUCAGCCUCUCUCUAUUGGCGUAUUCGGACGCCCAGGCUCCGGAAAGUCAUUCGCAGUGACUGAAGUGAUCAAGGAAGCAUCUCAUAUGGCUCCAAUAGAGAAAGUGGUUUUUAAUGUCUCCCAAUUUAAUCAGUAUUCUGAUUUGCUAUCUGCAUUUCAGUCAAUCAGGGAUGUGUCACUCUCUGGAGCAAUUCCAAUGGCUUUGUUUGAUGAGUUUGAUGCUUCUUUUGUUUCUACAAAACUUGGCUGGCUGCGCUACUUCCUGGCGCCAAUGCAAGACGGCAAGUUCUCUGACCACGGUCAGAUGCACCGACUCGGUCGUUCCAUUUUCGUCUUUAUCGGAGGCACUUCCCCAACCCUUGAGGAUUUUGUGAAAUCAAGCAGAUCUCUGAGCGUACAAGGAGAGCACAAGAACAAUGACGGGAAAGGGGAUUUGGAGCCUCAAGAGUUUCACUCACCGCAUGGUAGAAAAAAAGAAGAUUUCGUUGCUGUCAAAGGGCCUGAUUUUGUGAGUCGACUGCGAGGAUACGUCAACAUCCAAGGGCCAGACAAGAUUGAUGAUAAUGAUCGAAUGUACUCCAUAAGACGUGCGAUUCUACUCCGGGCGCUAUUGGAGGAGCGCAUGCACAUGUCCAACAAUCACCUUGAAGUGGAUGACUCUGUUCUCUCAGGGCUCCUUAAGGUCCCCAAGUUUGUCCAUGGCUCUAGGUCUUUGGAAGCAAUACUUGCCAUGAGCAGAGUGUCAGGAUGUAGGGUGUUUGAACGUGCAGCGUUACCAUCAGAAACACAACUCAGCUUGCAUGUCGAUGCAACAGAAUUUAUGAAACUCUUACAAGAAACAGAAGGUUUGGAGGGCAACUUAAAGGAGAAGAUCUCAGAUGCAAUUGGGGAAAAACUGGUAUCACUUGUGGGGCAGAAUGCCUCAGAUGCUGAGAAAUCAAUCUUGGAUUCGUAUGAUCCCAACUCUGCAGCAGAUGAUAUCCCUCAUAAGCUACGUUCUAUCAGCUGCUACAUGGCACCGAAACCACCCAAGUCCACAGAGCCGCGACUGUCAAACACCCAAUUACUGGCUUCAGAAGAUGGAGUUGAUGGACUAAUUCGGCUUGGUGUCAAGGAAAGGGAUAUUGAGGAACUAGCCAAGCUAGAUUAUGAACGCUAUGUUACGGAAAACUUGAACAAUUACCAGGAAGGAAGAAACACAACUAAUAUCAUCGAUGCGCCGAAUACAUGGGACACCAGACACGAGAAUACAAAAAUGAUAUUUAGGAAGUUGGUCUCAUCUAUUCCAGAAGUUCUGAGAAAGUGCAAUCAUUGGGUCUAUCGUCUCGAGGAAGGGGCGCCCAUAUCAUCUAACAUCGCGCCCAGUCAUUCCACAAACCUGCAACAUCUCAUAUAA